GGUGAGCCUCCCAAAAUGAUGUUCUUCAUCUCUUGUGCUCGGGCACGUACUAUCGCCAGUGAGGUCUUUACCGAGGCAUAGUCUUUUGCUGAUUGCAAAUUACACAUCCGAACCCGUCUGUUAGCUUCGGCUUCCAGCAAUUUUUGGGCCACCUUCCCUCUUGGAGAUCUUUUAUUACAUAGUUCUGUUCUAAUGACGACUUUCUUGGUCAGAAGAAUAGACCUAUUAGGUCCUUGUACUUGUAUAGAGAUUUCAAUAAACUUUAUUGCUAUGUUGUUAUCCAGAGUGAAAGUCAAUUGUGGAAGAUUGCAGUUGACCAAGUUGAACAAGGUCAUUCAUGACAAUAAGACCAACUCUCCUCACGACUCUCAUUACCGUUGGCUCAGGGGGAAUCGCCGUUCUCAUUAAUGCUCAACUUCCAUCCUAUAUCAUUUCUAUUGCUAAAUUUCUUCAACAUCUUCAACUUAUGGCUCGAACACCACGGAAUCGUGCCCGUAGUAGUUCAACACAGCGGGAACCUGCAACGGAGCGAGAAGAGGCCCAGACAACCCUUCUUGAGUCCUACAUGAUUCUCGCAUCCGAACUAAAAAGUCGCUUAUUGAAGACCCAAGACGAGAAGGACAGUCUCAUCCAAACGCACGCGCAAGAACUGUCCGAUGCUCGGGAAUCAUGGGAACGAUUGCAACUUCGCUUUGAGCGGUCUAAACAGACAAUUCGAACCUUGACGAAGGAAAGAGAUGAGUUGAAGGAAAGCUUUGGCGUGUUGUUGCAGAAAGUCGAAGUAUGCAACAAUUUCUCAUCAUGGCCCUUCCCGAAAAUUCAUCUUUCAUCUAUUCUUCCAGAGCCGAUACUUCCGGCACCUACAACGACGAGGAUUCCGACAACCGGUUUUGACAGUGCAGCCCUCAUAUCCAGGCUCACCCAAGAGCGUGAUGAAGCCCGGUCAGAGGGAGAACUGGUCAUGAGAGAGUCUGCAGCAAAGUUUUCUAUGCUUGAGGCACAGUUGGCUUUGCGUGAGGCGGAGCUCUUGUCUUUACAAAACGAGAACGAGCUAAAUCGUCCUGUUCGUAGCUCUUGUUCGACUGAACAGUCGCAGCCUCAACUCAGCAAUGCCGACGCCAUUAGAAUCCUGCAGUAUAACGCGGCGAAGAACCGGACAAUUCAGAUGGACAUUAAGAGGAUGCGGAAAAAGCUUGAAAUUGCACGGGGGAAAUCACCAGAUGCAGGACCUUCCGUUGAACCGUCUUCUCCACUGAACAUUCCUCGAACCCCUUCACACCCGCAGCCCACCGCCGUUCUUGACGAUUUCAAUGCUGAACUUCAACAUCUUGCAUCAAAAUUAGACGCCUUUCAGCUGGAGAGGGCCAAGUUGUCGCAAAUAAUCGCAGAGGAGGAAGCUGCGGUUAGUGUGGCCAACGAUGCCGCUGCUCGAAAUCCGCCGAAAUCACAGUCCAAUCAAGGCAAGGAGGUAUGCGAAAACUGUGCACGAUUAAGGAACGAAAAUGCAAAGUUGCAGGAGCGGAUAUCCGAAUUGCAGCAGAUUUUCUUUCCUUCCCAGACGCCAUCCCCUCCGACCCAGUCAACUCCUCCCCGGACUUUAGCCUCCUCCCCACCCUUACCGCAGUCUUCCCCUCCUUUCUCUCAAUUCAUUCCUCCUCUUCCUCAAUCUACUCCCCCCACUCUCCCUCCAUCUCUCCCUUCAUUCGAGGUGCGCUCCGCAGAGAUGAACUAUGAAGGCGAGCUCUCGAUGGUGUUAGCGACACCUCUCCCCAGUACCGUGGUUCUCCCUCCUACGUCAUCACGAAGCUCCAGUCACUCCUUCACGUCUACUAGUCGAUCUUCAUCGAGUAGUCGCCACUCUCACCCUCCCACCUUUUGGAACUCCCCUCCAGCGUCCACUCUCUUGAGCCCAUUCGUGGCGUCUACAGACAUGGAAGAAGUCGUGAGUCCUGCAGCGGCAGCAGGGUUCUUGAUUGACCUGGAUGGCUCGGAUGACCCACCUCUCCGUUCCAGGUCCUCGGUGGGGGAGAUUGAACCCCAUAUCGACCUCGACUGUGACCUCUUACACUCUCAGUUCCGAUUAUCAGAGCUGGAACAACCUGAGGACAACGACGUAACGGUAAGGCCUCCAACGCCGCAUUCACGACCUCCUUUACCCCCAUCCCCCCCUCGUACACCUGGGCAAGAGCUCCAGAAGCUUGGCACGGAGCUCGGAGAUGCGCAGAGAAGUUUACAGGCAGGUGAGGAUAUAAUUGAUGGGUUAAGGGAUAUGAUUUUGGAGUUGAUGCCCGAUUUUGGGAAAGGUGAGGGACCGUCGUCGUAA